CCGGCGCUGUCAGCCACAGUCAUACGUGUUGCUUUUAGUCCCAGUGGACGGAGUUUCUCUGACAAACACCGACCGACAGCCGCAGCAGCAGCAGCAGGAGCAGCAGCAGUAGGAGCAGGAGCAGAGGUGAUGCAGCAGCAGCAGCAGCAGCAGCGACACUGCAGAGCCUCAGCACUUUGACUUCACUGCUUCACUGCAGGUUUCAUGUGUCCCGGCUGGACUCGAUGCCCUGAAGAGGAGCGCGCGUCGACACGGGAGAUUACAGAGAAUACGGUUAAAACAUCCAGGCGUCUGUCAAUGGACACAGUGACGACCACGUAAAGGAAAGAAGAAGAAGAAAUACAUAAAAAUAAAAAUAAAAAUUACAACCACACACGGGAAGAGACGCCGACUAAGCCGCAGACAUGGAUGUGACGGCGGAUCAGCCUCGCUGGAUGCACCACGCCGUGCUCAACGGACAACACCCGGACUCUCACCACCCAGGCCUGGGUCACAACUACAUGGAGCCCACGACGCAGCUCCUGCCUCCGGACGAGGUGGAUGUUUUCUUUAACCACCUGGACUCACAGGGGAACCCGUACUACCACAACUCCGCCCGGGCCAGAGUGUCCUACAGCCAGGCUCACGCUCGACUGACGGGGACUCAGGUGUGCCGGCCUCACCUCAUCCACAGCCCGGGCAUUUCGUGGCUGGACGGGGGCAAAGCCACGCUCUCGGCUCACCACCACCACCACCACCACAACGCCUGGGCCGUCAGUCCCUUCAGCAAACCCAGCCUCCACCACCCGGGCUCGGCCUCCCCCGGCGGCCUCUCCGCGGUCUACCCGUGCAGCAGCAACUCCAACACCGUCUCCGCUCCGUCGUUAACGCCGCCGUCCCACAGCAGCCCCCAUCACCUGUACACGUUCCCCCCGACGCCGCCGAAGGACGUGUCGCCAGACCCGGGCGCCGCGUCCCCCUCCUCCUCCUCCGUCAGCAGAAUGGACGAGAAGGAAUCUAUCAAAUACCAAAUGUCGCUGACGGAGGGGAUGAAGAUGGAGGGCUCCAGCCCGCUGAGGAGCAGCCUGGCCUCCAUGAGCGCGCAGACCCCCUCCACCCACCACCCCAUACCCACGUACCCGACCUACUCCCUCCCCGCUGCCCACGAGUACGGCGGCAGCCUGUUCCACCCGGGCAGCCUCCUGGGAGCAUCGUCCAGCUUCAACCCCAAAAACAAAGGCAAGGCACGUUCCUGCACCGAGGGCCGUGAGUGUGUGAACUGCGGCGCCACCUCCACGCCUCUGUGGAGACGCGACAGCACUGGACACUACCUGUGCAACGCCUGCGGCCUGUACCACAAGAUGAACGGCCAGAACAGACCACUCAUCAAACCCAAACGCAGGCUGUCUGCGGCCAGACGAGCAGGCACCUGCUGUGCUAACUGUCAGACGACCACUACCACACUGUGGCGGCGCAAUGCAAAUGGUGACCCAGUGUGCAACGCCUGCGGCCUGUACUACAAACUACAUAACGUCAACCGGCCUCUGACCAUGAAGAAGGAGGGAAUACAGACUCGCAACAGGAAAAUGUCCAACAAAUCCAAAAAGAGCAAGCGAGGCGGCGACAGCUACGAGGAGUUCUCCCCCUUCAGUGCUGCCUCUCUGGCCGGACACAUGUCCAUGGGCCACUUGCCACCUUUCAGCCAUGCUGGACACAUGCUCCCUACACCCACCCCAAUCCACCCAACAUGGUGACAGCCAAGGGCUUAGUGGGUGAGGAGGGGGGAGGAGGGGGGGGGAUGGCAUAGAGCUACUUGUUUCUGUAAAGGGGUCUCAAUAUAAGGACCGUGGGGGACACUGUUAUGGACAUGCACCUUUAUUGUACUUGUUUCUUGGUUAUGACGGUGGUACUGUAUGUUGGAUUUUAAAAUUAUUGUUGGAGCAAAUUGCAUUUUUUUAAAUUCUAUCUAUAAAUAACUACAACUCCUGUUUCCAGAAAAGUUAAAAACACACAAAAAAAAAAUUUUUUUUUUUUUACCACAAAUUUUGUCCAGGCAAAUGUAUAUAUUUUACUUGCUUGUUUGUUAAAUCGUAACAACUUUUAUACUUCAAACGUCGGAGUUUGGUUUUUGUUCGUAGCUUCUUUGAUUAGCAAGUUCAAAGGUAUGACGUCUGGAUGUCGAAUUAAGACAUGAAAGGAGCAUCAACCAUCGGUCGGAUUCUGUACGAGUCACCGCAGCACGGUGCAUGUUCAACCGACUGACCUGCCUGCAGUCCAGAUCUGUCUGCGAUUGAAAAUGUCUGACACCGUGGACUGAUAAAAAAAACUAAAACUUUGUCUUUAUUUUAAUAAAGUCUGAUAAAAGUAACGUUUUCAAACGGUUUAACAAAGAAAAUGAAAUAUGAAACAUUCAAAUUUUUUUUUUUGGGUCACAUUUCUAGAAAGAAAAGCAACUUUCCUGGAAAUAGGUCUUGAGUUAUUUGUGGUGAAAUCUUCUGCCUCCCGUCAACCAGGGACACGGUCGUGUAAAUGAAAUAAAAACGUCACCACAGCUCACAGUUUUGCUCCAACAACCUCCACUGGUUUCCCGACUGUCUGUGAUGUGGUCUAUAUAACUGUGAAUAUUGUAAAUACGGUGGACUGUGAGUGGAGGCGCGGCUGUGUGUCACAGAGCAGCGCUCACACUCACAACAAAGAUGUGCUGGAUCUCUUUUUUUUUAAUUAUUAUUAUUAUUAUUUUAUUAUUAUUAUUUGGCUCAUGGACACUUUUGAAGAAAUCGUUUUUUCCCCAAAAGAAAUGAGCAAAAACAAAAGUCUUUAUGGAAACCCUAAUUUGACACUGUUUAUUAUAAUUAUUGUUAUAAUGGUUAUUAUUGUUAUUCAGAUAAUUUAUUUUUACUGCCUGUGUUCUUUGAAUAUAUCACCUGAAUCUUAUGGAUACUGCUAUCCCAGUUAUGAAUAUAUUUUUAGCUGAUGUGGUUUCUCUCUGAGCUGGUCGACAUUUAUACUCAUACGAAAUAAAGAAAUCGAGUUCAUCAUCCAA